AUGUGGCUGUUGAGAACGCCGAAGGUUGUGCAGAUCGAGGAUUGCGUCCUGAAGCCCGCCAUAUGCGCGAGACGGGCUGCAGCCGGCGCUAACUCGCUGAUCUUUGUGCUGAGAGCCCACUACGACUCCUCUAGCUUAAGGAGGAUGGACAUACAGCAAGGGCCCGGUUACCGAGACCCCGUCGUAGCUUGCAUAAAACGGUCUGUUGUAUGCAUCUCAAAUGCUGAGUGGCAAGGAGAGCUGAAACCCUCCCUGGAUGAGGUUCCCCUUAGCUGGGACCCCCAGAUGCAAGUCAUCAACGGGAAGAUCCGAGUCAUCCGAAUAAUUGCUGCGGCGGACAUGACAUUCCGGCCAGGUCGUGUCUCCAAUCAAUCGGUCCAGACUAAGGUGAAGAUCUCCCGAUGGGAACAUAGGUCGCCUGCCCCAGGAGGCGUAAUGGGGGGGAGGAGGGGGGGAGGGACACACAAACAAGUCCAGUUUGGCUAUAUAUAG